AUGUUUCGCCACAGCCGCUGCAGCAACAAGGCACGUAAUGGCACCAGCAGCGGAUUUCUAGCCACGCUGCGCAGUCUCGUGACAUGGGGCCGCGCAAGUGCGACUGUCGCCUCCUCAUCGUCACCCGCGUCGUGUGGAAGAACCGCAGGUUGCAUCAGCGCCGGUGUGGCACUCGACGCAGUCGAGGCUGCCGUGCGCAACCGGUGGACGUGCCGGCAGUUCGACACGGCGAAGACAAUUGAUCUCGACACCCUCAGGCGCGUCUUGACGGCGACGACGCGCGCCCCGACCGGCUUCAACCUCCAGGGCUGGCACGCGGUCGUCGUCACGAGCACGGCGGUGCGGGAGCAGCUCGUCAAGGCGGCGCUUGGACAGCCGCAGGUGCUGCAGGCGCCGGCAACUGUCGUAUUCGUGGGAGACAUGGAGCCGGAGCGGAAUGCGCCACAGACGCUUGAGAUGGGGCUCGAGACGGGGUACUACGACCCCCUCUACGGCUCAGCCUACCUCCGCAACGUCUACUACUUCCUGCACGGCGGUCCGAUGCAGUCCAUGGCGGCGGUGAAGUCGGCCGUGAGUGCGUGGUACAGCCGGGCCGCCGGCACGCCGCUCGUCUCUGUCCCGGUGAGUCGCGCCGGCUACGCGUGGAAGCAGACGUUGAUCCCGGCGACGACCUUCGUGCAGCUCUGCACUGCAGCCGGCUGGGACACCUGCAUGAUGGAGGGCAUCGACGAGGAGGCCGUGAAGCAAGUGUUGGGAGUUCCGGCGGAACGGUACACGGUGCCAGUCAUUGUCAGCGUCGGCUACGCGACCGCUGCAGAGGCCGAGAAGCGCCAGGUGCGCAGCCCCCGCUUCGCGACGUCGCACACUGUGCGGUGGAACAAGUUUUAG